AUGACCGCCCCUGUCCUUACAAGUGUGGUUCCAGGUGCAGGGCCCUUGCACUCUUCAGCCUACUUCGUCCGGCUCUACCUACCAGCAAAGUUCCAGGCUUCCCCUCCUGUUCCUCUCCCGGAACUGAACCUCCACCCAGACAGAUGGCCAAGCCAUUGCAUUGCCGUGAGGAGCUUCUCAGGCUAUGCACGGGACAAGAACGUGGUUGAGGAAGCUGAGAAGCUUGCCAUGAGCUUGAGUCGGUCGCCCUGGGUAAACUCCACAAACUACCCUAGCAAGAACGCCUACUCGAUUGCACAGUACAGUAGCCCAUUCCGCUUCAUCGGCCGUGUCAACGAGGUGUGGUUUGAUGUCGACUGCAAGUCUACUGGUGUGGAGACGUACUGA